AUGCUGGACUACCUACAGGGCCUCGACCCAGCCCCUGGGCUGUCCUCUCAAAAUACCCAACUCGGCAAGAACCGACGGAACCUGGCGAAAGCACCAGGACCCGGACCCAGGUACGCCCCGGGGCCGAGCGGAUGGUCGGCGCACAUGCGGACGUCGGCCAUCGUAACGCCCUCGGGCAGCUCUGCUGGGUCGAUCCUCAUCACGCCUAAGGACCCGCACUCAGCUUCCGCCGCGGCGACCUCGUCGGAGGUUGCGUCUGGGCGGAGAGCGGCAAGAGCAGUGGUUGCAGAGAUGCUAAGGAGGAGGGAGAGAGUGGUGUAG